CAUUGUCGCGUGCGCGCGCUGCUUCUUUUUCUGGCCGAUAUACAGAGUAUAUUAGAUCGCAAUAUUUCUGUUCAAUUGCUUCGUCCUUGUCGCUGUUGCUGAGCAGUGCUUCAGUGCUUCAGUGUUGAAAUUGCUGCCCCGCAUCAUCAUCCUCAUCAGCAUCGCUUUGGAGCUUCACCGCCUGGAUACCCCGCCUUGUGCCACGACGAAUAUUCCUUUUGCCGGACUUUAUCAUAUCUUUACUGUCUUCUCCUGAAUUGUCUUGUAUCUUGAUUUCCUGAUACCCUUCUUUUCACCUUACGACGUUACAGCAUUACUACGACACUACGACAUCCCGAGAAUGUCUCUUUCAGCGCAUGAUGCUCGCGCACGUGGGCGGUCCAAGUCUCCCGGCGGCCGCGAGAGAUCGCGCUCACGCUCACACUCCCGCGCGCCGUCGCCGAAUCCUUAUGCUGCUGCUGCUGCUGCUCCCGAGGAGCCAGAUCGGCACGGGUACGACUAUGAAUACGCCGCGCCGGUAUCAUAUCAGUAUGCCGCUCCUCGCGCAGGGCCGGGCUCGUCUGCUUCUCCUCCAACGUCAUACACGCAGACCAGCGCGCCUCAGUAUGAUGUCCACCGCGGCCAAUCCGGGGCGGGUGUACAUUCGAUAUACGCCCACGCGGACAAUUAUACGCAUGCUGCCAUAGAUACGUACCGCCAGAGCGCCGAGCCGCAGAUGCCAGGCCCAAACUACGCUCGGCCGGGGGAUUACAUGCCUCAUCCUGAGUAUUCUAUGCCGGGAGGAUAUAAUUACGCCUCUCCUCCCCCUCCUCCCCCUCCCCCUGGCGCACCUGGCGCACGUCCAAGCCAUGAUCGAUCUACAUCACUGAGCGCGAGCGGUAACUUUAGCGUCCAAUUCGGCCACGGUCAUGGCAACAGUAGACCUACAUCUCCACAGCAGCAGUAUCAGCAGCAGCAACAGAAUUAUGCUGUUCCAAUCUCCCCGCAGGCGUCGUACGCAACGCUUCCUGCGUCUCCGCCAUACGCUGCCCCUUCAAGCAACUACACUGCCCGUCCGGACGUGCACCGCGUUCCCUCGUCGGGGGCAAGCAUGCCUGGCCAAUUCCCGUACGCGCAGCCACCGCAGAAUAUUUCCUAUGUAGCGGCCAAGCCGUCUCCAUCGCCGUCUUACGUACCUCUUGCCCACCGCGUGUCUUCUCCUGGUCCAGGUCCUUCUGGCCCAGGACACCACGUCGUUGAGAUUCGUCCUGGCGGAGCACCUCCGCACCCUCCUCCCGGCCCUGGUCCCGGCCACGGCCACAGUCACACUCCUUCCAGCAGCCUCACAUCUCUCACACCACGCAUGCACCGCCUCUCCGUCAGCGGUGGCGCCGGCGCUCCCUCUGCAUCGUUCCUCCCAGGCCACGCUCCGCCCGGCUCACCACUGCUCGAAGCCUACCACGGCACAUAUCAAAGCAUGUCACCCAUGCCGUCUCCGAUGAUGCUGCCCAGCUCUCUUGACCCUAUUCACUCCUCUCUCGACGACAUUCCUUCUCUCGACGCCUUCCCCUCUGACCCCCAUUACCACUACCACUCCUCUUCUUCAUCCUCCUCCACUUCUUCCCCUUCCCGGCACCGUCGUCACCGCUCAUCUUCCCGCAUCUCCCACUCCCGUCACCGGUCCUCCUCGCGCGUUUCUGUCGGCGGCCCCAAAUCCGUCGCCUUCCACUCCAUCACCUCCGAUGCAUCCACACUCAUCGCCGCACUCAACACACGCACCUUCACCUCCACCGCCCCCCUCAUCUCGAUCCUCCCACGCCUGACCUCCGACGAAAUGCUGCUUCUGCGCGCCGCGUACAAAGAAUCGUGCAUCGCACCAGGCGGCAAGGGCGUCAACCUCGCGAAACACAUCAAAGUCAAAGUCGGCGGGCCCUUUGGCAAAGCGUGCUACGCGACCGCGCUGGGCCGCUGGGAGAGCGAGGCGUACUGGGCGAAUUUCUGGUACCAGAGCAACACGUCGCGCCGAGAACUGCUGAUUGAGGCGCUCAUGGGCCGCUCGAAUGCAGAAGUGCGCGCCAUCAAGGACGUGUUUAGCGAUAAGCGGUAUGGGAAUAGUCUCGAGAAGUGCAUGAAGGCGGAACUGCCGGCGAAUAAGUUUCGUUAUGCGAUGUUGUUGGUCUUGGAGGAGAGACGGCAGGAGGAUGCUCCGGGGGUGGGGGCGGGUGGGGUGGGAGGAGGAGUAUACGGGAGAGGGGUGGAUGCGAGGGGAGUGAAGAGAGACGCGGAUGAAUUGUAUAGAAGCCUCGUGGCAAAAGAAGGCGGCGAGACGGCCAUGAUCAAGAUAGUGGUGCUCCGCAGCGAUGCCCAUCUCAAGGAGGUCCUGCGCGUGUACGAGGCCACGUAUGGCCGUAAUUUCGCCAGGGAUAUGUUGCGCAAGAGCACGAAUCUUGUCGGCGAAAUCCUCGCACACAUUCUCAACGGCGUAAUCAACCGGCCCAUGCGGGACGCGAUGCUGCUGCACCACGCCCUGGCAAACUACGAUCCCACGGGCGUGGCUAGUAGUACUACCACCGCUAUGUCAACCUCGAGUAAAGUCGUCCCGGAGAGGACGGAGCUGCUGGUGUCCCGCCUGGUGCGCGUGCACUGGGACCGGCCGCACCUGGACUUGGUCAAGGCGGACUAUCGGCGCAAGUACGGGGUGGCGCUGGAGCAGGAUGUGGCGGACAGGACGCAUGGCGAGUUUGGCAAGUUUUGUGUGGCGCUUGUCAAGCGGUAUUAGCGUGUGUAUGGUGGUGGUGGUGUUAGACUUGAGGGUAUGAGAGUGCGGGUUAGAGUGGUAGUGGAGUUGGUAGCGCAAGUGACCAACUAUAAGAUACGGGGAUGGGGCAGUACGUAAUAACGUGGGCGCAACGGCAAUCGUGGAAGACUAGGUCGUAGUGAAGUAACAGAUGCUGAAUGAAUGAAGGCAAUAGUCAUAAAAUACAAUAAUAUACAGUCAUGGUAUCUUAACAUAUAACGGUUUUAAAAAAGAGGAAAUUAAAGGGGAAAAAAAGGAAUAGAAAAAAAAAGAAGGAAAUUAAACGGAGGAAAUAAACAG